CGUGACCCGUCCCGUUCACAUCACACUUUCUCGUAGGUUGAGUUCAUCUGAGGCAAGCACAUGGUGUGUACCCUUUUGUCUGUGAUCGCAGAAUUCCUUCGAGUCAUGGCCGAUAAAAGCAGAGGUAAUGCCGAACGUACGUUCAUUAUGGUCAAGCCUGAUGGUGUCCAGCGUGGUAUAAUCGGAGAAGUUAUCAAGAGGUUUGAAUUAAAAGGAUUUAAACUGGUUGGCAUGAAGUUUUUACAGGCAUCAGAAGAUCUUUUAAAAGAACACUACAAGGACUUAGCAAGCAGACCAUUUUAUCCAGGACUUUGUAAAUAUGUGUCAUCAGGACCUGUAUGUGCUAUGGCAUGGGAAGGUAAAAAUGCAGUGAAAACUGGAAGGUUUAUGUUGGGAGAAACCAACCCU